AUGUGUUUGUUGGAUUAUUUCUUCCUUUACUUUAUUGGGUUUAUUUUAUUUUAUUUUAUUUUAUUAUUAUUAUUAUUUUCUCUUAUGUGGGAGGGAACAUGUAUAGGUAAGCGGGAACGCUUCUUGACACGUUGUCAAUGCGUGGGUAGUUCUCUUCUUCUUCUUCUUUUUUUUUUUCUUUUUUUUUGUUGUUGUUGUUGGUGGUGGCCUUUGAUGCGUCCUUUUCUGCAUCGAAUGGCUUCGGGCAGGUCCUUGUGGGAUUUCCGUUGCGUGUGUAGGAACCUCAGGAGGGGUAGGAGGGGUAGGAGGGGAGGAAGCCCACGUUUAUUAUUUUCAUUUCCGCCCUUCCCUACUGCGGUGCAAAGAAGAAGAAGAAGAAAAGGGGAAACAAAAAGAAAAAAAAAAAGGAUUAACUUUUAUAAAGGACCCGAAGAGGGGGAGAAGUGGUAG